AUGUCUUACGGAUGUGGCACUCUUGCCGGUCCUGGCGGGUUCAACCUGGGCGUCGCUCGGGCCUCACGCUCCAAUGGCAAGCAGAAUGCCUUGCCAGAAAACCCUCACCAUGAUCGAAUUCCCAGGGAAGCCAUCGAGGAGCUCCAUGAGGUGAACUUCAGCAAGGACCCUUCUCGACUCUGGGGCCAGGUGAAGCCAACAAAGUAUGGUGGCAUUGAGCGUGUCGACGGUGUGGGCACUUUGUGGCUGUCUGGUGACUAUUGGAAUGUGGACAGCAACAUCAUGAAAUGGGGAAAACACGAGAUUCGCCGUAAUGGUGCAAGCGCAAACCACGAUGUUCACCGUCACGAUCAAAUUACAAAGCUUGUAUUGCCACCCAAACCAGGAGAGGAAGAUCGGCCACUCCGAUAUUGCGUCAGUGGCGUUGUCUCUCCAGACUGCUGUUUCUUAGAGGCCUGGGGCUUCGAUCUGGGUCUGCGUGAUCGGCAAGGCAACAACACGGGCUUAUGGAAGCCGGUUGGCCGCAACGAGAUGUUCCGAUCCGAGCGAAGCUACACUCGGAACAUCGAGCGGAUUCUUCAGAACACAAGAACCCUUCGUGGAUCUGCAUCUGUUCCCGGUUCUGUCAUGGCACAAACCUUGAAGCCAGAGGAUAUAGGCGGUGAGGCUGGUGAGCUGAGUACGCCCGACGAUGCAACCAUGCUACGAGCAGGCCGCACACAUGCUUCCAGGAGUUGCUAUGGCUGGGACAGGUACGACCAUACUUGCCGACGGGAGGCCGCCAAGUUGAGUUGUUCAAUCCACUGCCCUGCAGAGAAAGUUCAUGCUGAGGGCUAUCCGUUCAAAGAGCUUGAUCUGAAUCCAGCUUCCGUAUACACGAAAAAGUUUCGGAUGACUGGCGAGGCUAGCCUUCGGGCACGCUUGUCCAAAUCGACCCGGAGACCGGCGGGAUUUGGCCAAUUGAGAUGA